UAUCUUGCUGUUUAAGGAUAGAGGGAGCGCAUCGCCCAGUUUGAUCCAAGCACCGGUAGGAAAGAGAGGAGCUGUAAAUUUUGGAUCCUUCGGCGUGUGCUUCUCCAUUCCCAGAGCAGCCAUGGCUGGGCACCGAGGAGCUGUCUGAUGGAUCCCAGGCCACACUGAUGCCAUUCUGCCAGAAGAGAAAUGGGGAAAAGAUACUUCUGUGAUUACUGUGACAGGUCCUUUCAGGAUAACCUUCACAACAGGAAGAAACACCUCAACGGAGUGCAGCAUCUCAGGGCUAAGCGAGUCUGGUAUGACUUGUUCCGAGAUGCUGCUUCUAUUCUGCAAGAGGAGCAGAGCAAGAAACCUUGCCGGAAGUUCCUGCAAACAGGACAGUGUGAUUUUGGGUCCAACUGCAGGUUCUCCCACAUGACGGAGCAGGACCUGGAGAAGCUGAGUGCCCAGGUGCAAGGGGAGCAGAGAUCGAAGGAGCUGCGGCAGGAAGGAGCAGAUGUCCCGCCUGGCACCAUCGAGGACUGGCUGGAGAAGAGAGCAAAGAGACUGAGCGCGGCUCAGAAUAGCAGGUAGCGUUGGCUGGGGAGCGUCCUGCGGAGGGUUGUCUGCCACUUCUGCUAGCCCACGCAACGGGGAUCUCGCAAGAGGGGAGUGAGUGGGACAGGAGAAGGGGGCCGGUGAUCAUAGCCUGCUCUCCACCUUGGUGGGACCUCACGAGCUAUCAUUAACACUCCGCCUGCCAAAGCGUUGCACCUGCUCUUGGCACACGCCGCAGACGCGCAUACAAAUCCAGUCCUGACGCACGCAUCAGAGAUGCAUGCACGUGUCGCCCCAUGUGCAGGGGUGAGGAGCUGGGCCUUGCUGCCUGCGACUGCUUCCCGAGGGAACGCAGGCAGAGGUACUCCGGUGCUCUUUGGAGAGCGCUCAGAGAUGCCUGAAAGGACAGGGCCAAGGUGAUGCUGAGUUAUUAAUGCCCUGCUUUCAGUGAUGGGAGCCUGGUCUCAUCUGUUGACAGCUUCCCCAUCCUCUGCGUGCCCUGUCUGCACGUCUCUGCCAGUCCCGGCUUUCUCCUUUGCCAGCGAGAGGGUGGAAUUAGCUCUUCCUCGUGGCAUUCGGACGCCUGCCGGUGCCUGCUGUUUUCUUGCUCACCUGACUGUGCCGCAGGCUUAAUUGGAUGACAUUUGGGCAGGUGCCAAAUCUCUCUUUUGUUCUCUUUCUGUUCGCUCCUGUCCUCUCCCUGUUUGGUCUGGGCAGGAUCUUCCUUCUGGUGCCUGUCUGGGCUUGUUGCUUUCUGUUUGCUCCAUCAAUCAGCUUGGCUGCUCUUAGCCCUGCAGGAACGAGCGCUUACUGGCUUACUGACAGCCGUCACCUUCUACCCCCCAUACCCUUCACUCGCCCCGUUCUGUUUGUCCUGCCCUUGGAGAUUCCCUUGGAGAGCAUCUCUGUACCUGGCAGAAUUGCCAGUCCUUCAUAACUGGUCUCUGCUGCCUCCAUCCCCUCACAGGCAGGCCCAAGACCUGGGAUUUCUAGGGCUUUUGCUUUUUACCCGACUUUUCAGCCCAUGUAGGCAUUACUGCAGCACCUGCUACAGGAACUAACCACCAGCUAGUCAAAGGCAACUCUUCCUGUGUGUGGCCUCACCAGUGUCUGUCCCUAUCUGCUCUCUUCUUCUCUCCUGGUGCUCUCCAGCGCCAGUGUUGCCCUUCAGAGCAAAUAUGCAUUUAGCUUUGGCUGCCAAAGAGCUGACUUUGCAUUGCCAGGAAAGAGGGCGGUUUUACAGGGCUCUCUGUGCUUCUAGUGCACGUGGCAGGAGGUCAGUGUUCCUUCUGGAGAUACUUUUAAGGACAGGUAGCUCCUUCCCUUGCACAAUCCUUGAGGUCACUGAAAUGUGGCGGAUCUCUGGCAGGAUCUAACAGUGCUUUGAGGAGCAUGUGGCUUUGGAAGAUAACCUGCUCAGGUGCUACCUUACCUGGCUGGUAGCCUCAGUAAAGCCCGCUAGCCUGCACAAAACAGGAGAAAAACGCUCUCGGGAGCAGUCAGCUCCAGAAGAAGAUGAAGAGAUGCUAGAGACCCAGUUCUAUCUUCUCUGACAGCACCUAAUGGGAAGGAUUCAAACUAGGAUGGAAAAGGUCUUGGAAGCAAGGUGUGCCCAAAGUAUGGUGGGGAAGCUGUUGCUGUUAAUAAGCCUCAGCCUGUGAGCAGAGCUGAGUUUCUGUCCCUGCUUUGCUGGGGGUUUUCCAUCCCGAGAUCUGGCAGGCAGUCAUAGGUGGAAGUUACUGCCUCUGCGCGGCUCCAAGUACACCGCAGCGCAAACUGGAACGCCGCAAUGGGCUAGAAGUGGGCACGUGGCCAGGUGCUGCCGUGGCUGAAGGGUAGCGGUUUCUUAAAGGUGCUAACUUUUACGCCGUUUGCUGACUGUCGCAUGAAUUAGCCCUGUGGAUGGAAAAUUGCCAUGCUGCCUUCCUGCCAUAGCUUGUGCAGCCGUUCCUCCAGCCCGGCUGGCUCAAAGGGGCGAUCUUCGUCUGGAAGGCUCCACCUGCUCCUUGUUUUGUAGGCUGUGCAGUGCCAUUGCUUUCUGGAGAGCUGGCGUGGAGUUGGACGGAGUUAGUGGAGCUCUGCCAGGGUGCGAUUGAUUUUUUUUUUUUUUUUUUCU